UAAACCGGUUGAAUACAAACAUAAUACAGGACAAUUUCCGAUCCGAAAUUUGAGAACCCUAGAGAGAAGCCCCAAUUCGACCAUUACUUCGUCUUCAAGUUGUGAAAGGUUGAGAUUUGGGUGAAGAAAUGGCAACAGGUGGAGCUGCCCCAGAACGAGGAAGUGCAGCUGCAGCUGCAGCUAAUCUUCGUAGGAGAAGAACAGGUGGAGGUGGAGGUGGUGCGGUUGGUGGAACUAGUGGAACCAUGCUUCAGUUUUAUACAGAUGAUGCCCCAGGGCUUAAAAUUUCUCCAAACGUCGUUCUUGUGAUGAGCAUUGGUUUCAUAGCUUUUGUUGCUGUACUUCAUGUUGUGGGCAAGCUCUACUUAGUCCGCAAAGACUAGAAUGUGCUGUUCGUCUACAUACUGAAUUCUGGACAUGGAAAAACUACUUUAUGUUUAUUUUAUUUUUAUGUUGGCGAACUUUGAGAUCAGUCAGUAGGAAAAGCAAAGUCUUUGAGCUGUAGCUUUUGUCACAAAAGCAUGUCUGAUUAAUUUCAAAUCUUCUUGGUUGAUUCGUGAUAUUAAAUUAAAGUAGCUAAUGAGAUUGAUUGCCA